AAAUUGUUGGAAUUAGCCAUUUUGAUAAGAUUUAAAUUGAUCGCGUGCUUAUCAAUCGUUCAAGGUUACCUAUAACUUUCACUUGAAUGAAGCGCAAUCCAAUAAAAAACGCACAAUCAGCAACUCGUAGUGAAACAUUUGGCCUAUAAAAACAACUGAAGCGGCCUCAUUCGGCGCGAGGUUUGCUCUCUGCAACACGUGUUUCUUUACCGUAGUUUUUUUUUUCUGCGAAUAAAAAAUGAGAAGUAGAAUCAUAUUAUCUUCACUGCUUGUAGUGAUACUUGCUGUAGCGUUGGUACAAACACAGCACAAUGAUAGAACACCAGAAACGCAUGCUGGAGAUGGAGUAGCUGGAGAACGACAGCCCCGUAAUGGAUGUGAUCAUAUUAGUGCGCUGGUACUCGCCAAGCUGGAAGAAAUCGAAGAAAGGCUGAAUGGUAUAGAGGAACGGCUGGAUAAAAUGUCCUCGAAAAAUUCGACACCGGUAUGCGCAAUUGAAAAGGUAGUAGUGAGCUCGCCUGUGACAACUACUGCGACGGAAGGUGCUGUCGUUCAAGCUCCCAAAAGAACGGUUACCGAACAAGCGAAGUUUACCGUAGCACCCAAGCCAACAGCCAGGCCACGCGUAGGCGUCGAACGCAUCUUGAAGGAUGUUGAAGUGGAUAAGGAUAAAGAGUACGGCUCGUGCCGGGACGUCCCGUCGAGGGUUAGUGGCAUUUUUAAAAUCAAAAUGUGGAACGAUGGUGAACCGAUCAAUGUGCUGUGCGAUUUGGACCCGUCCGAUCCUGGGUGGAUCGUGAUCCAGAAUCGUUUCAACGGUUCCGUAUCGUUCUACCGCAACUGGACGGAUUACGAGGCCGGGUUCGGCAGCUUGGAUGGUGAGUUUUGGUUCGGGCUGGAAAACAUUAGCCUGAUGGUGAACAAUGGGCGACAGUGGGAGAUCAAAUUCUGGUUGAAGGCGUUCGAUGCGAAGGCGUUCAUUGCAAAGUACGGCACGUUCAUGAUCGGUACCGCAGCGGAAGGAUAUGAGCUGAAGCAAGCAGGCAAGUACUCGGGCAAUGCGGGCGACUCGCUCAGACAGCAUCUGGGCAUGAAGUUUUCUACGUACGAUCGGGACAAUGAUCCGGUGCCGAACAAAAACUGUGCCGAAAAACAUCGCGGUGCCUGGUGGUACCAUAGACAUUGUGUGCACAGCAAUCUGAACGCCUUGUAUGGAAAUGUGGCCAACGAGCAGUCCAACUGUUGGCAUACGAUCAGACCUAGCUGGAACGGUCUGCAGGCGUCGAAAAUGAUGAUUCGUGAGCUGAGAUAAUGUUGAUGGUUGGGUUAGGAAGAUACGGAAGUGGGGCAGAGAUUGAAAGGAGACGUUUCAACGAUCGUGUUUA